CUGUCAACGUCAGACGCGUAUAAACAAGACCGGUGUUUUUAAUUUGCUUAUUCGUAACUAAAUUUUGUCAGGCCAAGAAAACUGUUUUGGGAAUUUUGGUUGCGUGCAGAGUUUUUAGAAGUUUUCGGAGUAAACUGGUUGUAGUGUCUCAGGCUUAGGAAAAAGAAACAGCAUUUGUUAUUCGCUUUGUUCCUCGAAUGCUGAUGUUUUCGCAACUUGACACCACUCAGAAUGAACUGCAUCAUCACGGGAGCCAACGUCAAGAUUCUGGCGAGAACCAUUAAUUUCUUCUCAAAAAUCGGCAACGAGAUGCUGGUGGAAGCACUGCCGACGGGUCUUUCAUUAAAGGUGGUUAAUUCGAUGAGCACAGCAUAUGCAGUGGCCAAUUUCAACAUGAGAUAUUUCAUCAGCUUCCGGCAGGGUGCCAAUGAUCGCUUUGAGGAAAAUAAUUGCAAAGUGUUCAUCAAACCGGUGCUGCGGGUUUUCAAAAGUCUAAACACAAUUCUAAUUUGCAAAAUAUGGUUGCAAGUAGAUCGAAUGAAAAUCAUUUUUCAGUUCAAGUGCAAGGCACAUAUCCUCAAGACGCAUAUAAUUUCGCUGCUAGAGUAUGACCAUAUCAAUGCGUUGCGGUUACCGGAAUCAUUUCCUAAUAAAAUAGUGGCAGAUCAUAAAGUGUUGAACGGUAUUUUGCUUUACUUCCAUAGAUGGAUUGACGAGCUUACGUUUGACAUGAAGGCGGACGAAAUUAUCGUAUCGAACUAUAUCGAGAAUCCUGAGGACGACAAGAAGUCGAUGCGGUCGACGUAUCAAAUUGGUAGUUCAGUUUUCCGGCUGUACGAUCUGGAGUCACCGUCAAAACUGACCUUUUGCUACAAAGAGUUCAAAGCGAUGGCGUGGUACGCCGGACAUAACAAAGUGCGGGUGGAAAUGAAUUUCGGACAAGCCGGAUCUCCAAUUAUAAUUAGGAUGCGAAAGGAUGAGGUAUUGCAUAUUACGCUGGUUAUGGGCACAAUGAGGCCGAGACUGGAGAAGCAAAACAGAAGCGUACAGCGAGCCAAUAGAAAAAUAACCAAACAUUCCAGAAUGGAUGAAAAUGUAGCCCCGGUGCCGGAAAGGGAUAGUGAGCGAAUUGACCUAUAUCCAACGCCUAGUCAGAGGAGUAGUACAUCUCAAGUGUCAUCAAUACAAGGAACAAGUAGCAACAUAAGAGAGAACGCUGAUAGUAGAAUUGAUUUAGUGCCUUCUAUGAUUGCCCAACCACAACCACAAAUGCAAGGAAGCGAUAAUCGCUCUAUUAAGAGUAAUAAACAGCAAGAAAAGGAAGGAUCAUUCCUCCAAGGGCUAAGCCUCUUGUCCAGUCAAGCUUCUACACCUGCUAUUCAUAAACCCACGCAGUUCCCAACAUCGAAAACUAGAGAUCAACAGUUGAAUAAACCACUAUCUUACGAAGUCGUUUUCGCUGGAGACUCCAACGAUCCGAAUUCUGAAAGCCAACUCAGUGCGCAACCAACGCAAUGCAACAAGCGGCGUCUUCCUUCGCAAUCUUUUGGCGUGAAUCUACUACCAUCGCAGAAGCGUUCGAAUUUGGAGCCAUUCAACACCGAAGCCAUGUUUUCAGAGGCCUCGCAGGCUGUAUCUGCUCGUGUAAAUACAGUUAAUAUAGUAGAAACAAGAAACAAACCGUCACAAAAACGUUCUAGUUUAGAGCCAGUCAACAUAGAAGCCUCGUUUUCGCGUAAAUCGCAGGCCACGUCUUCUCCAGUGAGCUUGGUUAAUAUACCGGAAACGGUUCGUGAAUCCCCACCGCAAAAACGUUCGAAUUUGAAGCAAUUCUACACAGAAGACAUGUUCUCAGGGACAUCGCAGGCAGUGUCUGCUCCAGUGGGCUCGGUCAACAUACCAGAAACGACACGCGAAUCAAACUCACAGUCUUCUGGUCCGAGUUUACGACCGUCGCAAAAACGUUCCAACUUAGAGCCAUUCAACACAGAAGCUAUGUUUUCAGAGACACCGCAGGCAGAAUCUGCUCCAGCAGAUGAAGUCAAUAUACCUGAAACGCAACCCGAAUCUCCGGAAACAAUCGCUGAUCUAAAACGGCGAGAUGAGAAAAUGCGCCAUAUCUUUCAAAUGUGCUUUGAAGUUUUCGAUUCGCAGCAGUACUUUGGGGAGGUGUACGCGGAGAAUUCCGACCCGGAAGAUAGUUGAAGAAUUGAGGUUGACGUCCCCUAA